GCCUUUGUUUACAUAUUUUCCUAGACGCUGCUGAUACCAAAAAAAAAAAAAGAAAAACAAAACCCUUUUCCCUCGAAUCGCUGUCUCGUCGAUUGCAUCCCCCCAGGCACCCCAGGCUCAGCGUUCGAAUCGUGUGAUCAGCUGUUUGUGAGCGGUAAAAUGCUAUUUUUAACACCCCGUUAGGUGCAUCUGUGGCACGCGCUCACAUCGAGAGGUGUAGCGGGGCCUGAAUAGCCCCCUCCCCCCCUCCCCUGGAGUGGCUGGAUUAUUUUCAUUCAUAAAACGCGCCGUGCUGUACGUUGUAUCCAUCCGGGGAAAUAAGUUGCCUGGUCAUACCACAGGACAGCGACGCAAAUUGCAGCGUCUAGCCGAUGUAAAAAUAACACCCAAAGUCACGUGCUGUUUUCACUUUCCGCGAAUUGCUUGCGGCUCUGCUUUGUUGAUCACAUGGAGGAGGAGUUUGGCCUGGGCCGCAUAUUCCCCGCACGCCUGUUGUUGUCGGAACUAUUACAGCGUCGGUGUCGCCAGCCGCUGCUCACAAACAUUAGCGCAUCUGUUGAUUCGCAGCAGCAGCGGCGAAAAUGCUAUUAAAACGAACGGACACAAUACGACACAUAUUCUAGACGGUGGUCGUGAAAUGGUAAAUUAUUUAUACACAGCAUAAAACCGCUCGGUCGGCGCGCUUCUGUUGUUGUCGGACUGCGCUCCGUUUCGUGUGUAGAAUAAGCGACCCGAAUCGCCACGGUCCCGUCGGCGCUGUGUUCUAAUAUUGUCGUCAGUAGAGAUUUGGGCGUGCAAAUGCUGAGUACGCUGCGCGUGCUUUGAUUAGCUGGUUUGGCACGCACGCGAAAACGUUCUCAGCAAAGACCCAACUCGUCACCAAAUGCUUACAGAAACAUUGGCGGAAAAGUGAAACAAAAACCCCGUUCGCACGAUGUCCGUACUCGAAGUUACGUCGGAGCUGUACAGCGAGGCAGAAUUCUGCAGCACAGAAACGGGUAAUGGCAAUUCUAUUUCUAAAUUUACCUUUGUGUAUCCAAACCGCCGCGAUGCUGCGCCCGCCGAGAACGGCACACAGCCGGGGCUAGCAAAUGGCAUGGACAAACAGCACAACGGUCAGCCCGAGGCUGACAGCGAGUCGAAGGCAUCAAGCGUCAAAGACUCGGAGGAGGUGGAGGAAGAAAGCUGUUUUGAAGAAGAAUCAUUCGCAUCGGAUUAUGGUGACAGUUUGUGUGAAGAGGAGCAGGAGGAAGUGCUGUUGUACGGUGAAUCCGGUGAUGAAUGUUGCAUAGCAACGCACCAGAAAGAUACAAAACCACCUCCAAUCGUGCUCGAUAAAGAUGGCGACGUUGUUGUGGUGCGCCAGCGGAAAGGAGCGAUAGAUAUAGAGCAUCGUAAGUCGACGCGGCUGGACGCGGUUGGACUGCAGAUAUGGCGCGGUGCACUACUGCUGGGCGAUUAUAUCAUGCACAACGAGCGAAAGUUCAAAAACACUCACAUCCUGGAACUUGGGUCCGGCGUUGGGCUUACCAGCAUAGUCGCUAGCAUGUAUGCACGAGAAGUCAUCUGCACCGACAUUGAUAUUGAAGGGCUGCUGGAUCUGUUACGGGACAACGUGCAAAGAAAUGCUCAUCUUUCAAACCCGCACUGCCGUGUGCAUGUCACCGAGCUCGACUUCAAGGUUAGUUAUCAGGACUAUCCACGCGAUUUGAAGACCAAACUCCAGGACGUGCAGUACGUGAUUGCCGCCGAUGUGAUCUACGACGAUGACAUAACGGAAGCGUUCGUGCGGACGAUUGUUAGUUUGCUGCUAGAGCUGCCGAAGCUGAAGGCGAUCUACAUCGCGCUGGAAAAGCGCUACGUAUUCACGCUCGAGGACAUGGACUCGGUCGCACCGUGCUACGAUUACUUUCUGCGCUACUUUGAAAAGCGUAACGGCCGGUUCGGCGUGAACCGCUGGAAGCUCAUCAAUGUGUGUAUGGACUUUCCGCGCUAUUUCGAUUACGACAAGGUGAAGGAUUUAGUGCUGUUGAAAGUGUGCCACGCUAGUAAGUGAUGCGUUGUGAUCGGCUAAUUUACGAUUUAGGGUGCAAGGAAUUAAUUAGUUUUUAGUUUUACUGCACGAAACGGUAAAAACAAAACAAUACAAAUAUUUGCUCGUCACACCUUGUAUAUAGCAAUCGCGGGCAGUUGACGGGUGGCGUUUUUGGCAGUUACUUUUUGAAUGACAGACGAAGCUACCCGCUUCCGUAUCGAAGUGUAAACAAACAACAAUAAUCAAACAAACCCUUCUAUGCCGUUUGCCGGCAUACAUUCUUGCACUAAAUUAGAAUCAAAGAAAGUGAAAGAUAUCGAUAUGGACAGUAUAAGCAUUGAGUUGGACACACCACUAAUCACGCACGGCUGUGCGAGCAGAAUUGUUCGCACCAUUGUGGAGCUGUUGCUGUACAAUCGCACACAAAUUCCCUUCCCAUACACAACCUUUCGGGCGAUGGUAAAGAAGCUGGAGUCAGCUGAACCGACGGACGCUACCCAUUCUGUGGCGGAACUUCGGAUACAAAAGCAGCGCGAAAAGGCGCAACAUGUGGUGCAGUGCGUGGAAAUGCUGUUCGAUGUGAGUAUUAAAGCUCGAAGCCGGGGAAAAACACUAUCACUUCAUUCAAAUACGUUGGAUUUACACCCGUUUUUUUUUGCUUCCAGACGAUAGAGAAAAUACUGUCCAACCACCCACCGAUCGGUGAGCUGAUGAUCGUAUUUGGCAAAACAAUCUACACUGCCAAGGAAGCGUUUAUAAUAACACUGCCCGCCAUUGAUAGGAAUCACAUUGGCGAAAACCAUCAACGAUCGUUGGAAAAAGUGCUCCGAAAGUUAGGUUUACAGCUUACGCUUUGUGAUCAACUGGUAAGCGGCCAGGCUGUAACGAGCGACACAAACAUAUUCGUUAUGGUACAAUCGUCGUGCACGCUUCAUCCCACGCUAGGAGUGAAUUUGUUGGACAAUUUUCAACUUCCCAAAAAGUGUGUAAAAUAUGAAAUCAAUUUUAAAAUGACAAACAAUGGUGGAGACGAAACGGUGAACGGUUGCUGCAAACGAUUGGAAAUUUAUAGCGAAGAGGAAAGCAUGGUACAAUCCGGUACGCUGCCAACGGCCGCGCAAGCGACCACUCUCGAGUUCCAAGGCCCUUUGAGCAACGAGUGGUUUCUACUGGACGCCGUAAUAAGUGGGUUUUCGAUCAAGUCCCCAAAAGAAAAUGUAAUGUGGAAAUGAAAAGUACAGUAAGUAAAAAGUCCUAUAACAAACCUA